GGCCCUGAGGGGCCGCGGCAGCGGAGCCCCGGGAGGGAAGGGUCGGUCUGGGGAGGGGUCCCAGCCCCGAGGGGUUGCUGCAGCUCAGGGGCGCUGUGGGGACGCCCCCGAGGGGCUGCGCCUGUGUGUGCGGUUGGUAUGACCGCCCCGAAGGUCUGUGUGUGUGAGGAGACAGGAUGCCCCUCCGCCGAGAGGCUGCGGAUGGAGUGAGGGGGUGCCCUCCGUAGGCCAUGUAUCUCCGCUUGCAGCCAUGAUGCCCGUGGCCACCGUGAUGCCCGAUGACACGCCCAUGUUUGACCCCAGGAUCCUGCAGGAGCUCGACUGGAGUGAGAACACCGCCACCUUCUCUCCUGCUAUUUCUCCACUGGACCCAGGGGAUGGGCUGGUCCUCAGACCACUCUGCACUGCUGAUUUAAAUCGAGGCUUUUUUAAGGUUCUGGGUCAGCUGACGGAAACAGGAGCUGUGAGCCCGGAGCAGUUCAUCAAAACCUUUGAGCACAUGAAGAGGUCUGGAGAUUACUUCGUCACCGUGGUGGAGGACACAAACCUGGGGCAGAUCGUUGCCACAGCAACACUGGUUAUAGAACAUAAAUUCACUCACUCCUGUGCCAAGAGGGGCAGGAUAGAAGAUGUGGUGGUCAGCGGGGAGUGCAGAGGGAAGCAGCUUGGAAAACUAUUAACGUCCACCCUCACCUUGCUAAGUAAGAGACUGAACUGUUACAAAAUCACGCUCGAGUGUCUGCCCAAAAAUGUGGAUUUCUACAAGAAGUUUGGCUAUUUGGUAUCUGAUGAAAACUACAUGUUCCAACGGUUCUUUAAUUAACAACUUCUGGGUGUUCUGGGUUCCUGGUUUUUUCUUGGAAGGACUGUUGGUAGAGGAGCUUGUGCUACAGACAUUCUCUCCGUGGAAAAUUUCUAUAGUUUAUUGCUGCAUAUAUAACGAUCCCUAUAAAUCACGAACAUCAAAUGUGUAAAUCUUGGGGGAAAAAAAUUACUGAGAUUUUAGAAAGGGUCCUCUGUGUUAGGAAGUAAGUUUAGAACUAAUUUUUGCUACUGUUGAGUCGAGGUGAAGCGUUUCUGUUCUAGCUAAGUUCCAGAGGACUCGUUAAAGAGAUGGUUUUUAACCAAAGGUAUAUAUUUUUAUCUCAAAUCUUUUCUUGCAUUGUAUUUUUCUAAAGGUUUGUGCUUCUUCUCUCAGCAGCCCAAGGACAGCCCCUGGGACUGUCCUGCUGGCUGUGCUGAUGGAGGGAUGACGUAGCUGGGGAAGGGCUGAGGCUUCUCUUGUGCAGAAUUAGUGACACAGAACAGCCCUUAGCUCUGUUUUUUUCCAUGACACCUCAUGCAAGUGCUGGUGGUGCAGCAGAAGUUUUACAGGCACUGUUUUCCAGACUGGAUUUGUUACUGUUGGUGCAGUUGGGGAGAAUCCUUAAAGGCUGUGCUGAAUUCCCAGUCUAAAGAAUGGAUGUGCCCUUCUCACUGCAGGGCUCCUGCACUUUAGCUGAUAACUUGGUUUUCAGGGUAAUUACUUUUUCCUCACGUAAAUAAAAACCCCAAAUGUGGUUUACAACAGGGCCGAGGGUACCUGGGAAGCUGGAAUGUCUGAAGGAAUUAUAUCCCAUAUGGAGUGGGGUUCUGGCAGUAAUCAAUGGGAAAGGGAUUGGGAUGGGCUGAUGGAGAUUCACCUGAGGGAGCUGGGAGUGUUCAGCCCAGAAAAGCCUCAGAGCCACUUCGGUACCUAAAAAGGAGGGAGAGGGACUUUUGUAUGGACAGGACACAGGGAAUGGCUCCCACUGCCAGAGGGCAGGGAUGGAUGGGAGAUUGGGAAGGAAUUGUUCCCUGUGAGGGUGGGCAGGCCCCUGGCACAGGAUGCCCAGAGCAGCUGUGGCUGCCCCUGGAUCCCUGGCAGUGUCCAAGGCCAGGCUGGACAGGGCUUGGAGCAGCCUGGGAUGGUGGGAGGUGUCCCUGCUGGAAUGAGAUGAGCUUGAGGUCCCUUCCAACCCAAACCAUUCUGGGAUUUACUGAGCACCCCUGGCCCAGCCAAUGAAGUUCCAGAGGGGCUCUGGUCUUGCCAGGAGGGAUUUCCACCUGUGGCACUGCAAACCAGGAGAGAAAUUCCCCCCUUCUGCUCCUGAAGGAAUUGCUGCUGUUGCUGCAGUUUCUCUCUUGCUGCAAGACUGGAUCGAUGAUUUUAGCGCUUCUGCCAGGGGUGAAAAGCGAAUAACAUCCCAAGCCCUGCUGCCAACAGUGGUGUUUUGUGUGGGGAGUGACAAAUCCCACAGCCAUGAAUAGGGCAUUAUACCCAGCCAGGGCUGUUUGUGGGCAGCCAGGCCUUCCACACUGUCCUGCUUUGUGCUCUGGAGAGCAACUCCACAGCGCUGGGGGCUCUGCUUGAUCUUCCUGAGGGUUCUCCACUCCAUCCACUGUCUCCUUGGUGAUGUCUGCUUUAUUUAUUGAUUAUUUUUUUAAAGAAUGUCUUUGUUUAAGCUGAAUAAAUGAUUGCCACCUGUA